UCGGCCGGGAACUACAUUUCCCGGUGACCCAGCGCACGCUCGGCAUUGAGUAGGCAAGGGGAGGUGGCGAAGCUCCAGCUCCGGCUCCGAAGCGGAGACAGCGUCUGUCACUCAGCAGAACUUUGUGUCUUGUUGACAUUUAUUGCGGUGCCGUCGCUCUGGGGGGGUAGCCUGAAAUUUGCGCCGAGUUUUUUAUUAUACAGCCGCUGCCCAUCAUUCCGGACUCAUGCAGUCGGAGUCGGGAAUCGUUCCGGAUUUUGAUGUCGGGGAGGAAUUCCAUGAAGAGGUGAAAACGUUUUACGAGCUGAAGAGCCAACCGCUGAGCCGCAGGUCAGUGGCACCGGCAAUGAGGAGAGUGAAGCUGCUCGACGAUGUGCUCCUCCUAUCUACAUUGGGUCUGGCCAAUGUUGGGAGCACUGGAUACUGUAGACGACCGCAACAGAUUUGCAGCAAUUCAUCAGAGCAGCAAGGAUCAUCUAAACCCCCGUUAACCUCCUCCAAUAUGACAUCACGAAUACUGCUACGGCAGCAGCUCAUGCGUGAGCAAAUGCAGGAGCAGGAGCGACGAGAACAGCAGCAACAGCAGCAAGCAGCACAGUUCAUUCAGCAGCGAGUGCCAGUCAGCCAGACACAGGCCAUCAACGUCAGUGUCCCCACCAACCUGCCCACAAAUACUCAGGUGCCAAUGGAAGUCCUCAAGGUGCAAACUCACCUUGAAAAUCCAACCAAAUACCACAUUCAGCAAGCACAAAGGCAGCAAGUUAAGCAGUACCUGUCAACUACUUUGGGCAACAAAUUGACAAAUCAGCCCUUAAGCAUGCCCUGUUCCAACCAAACGAGUGAUCAUGUCAUGCCGCCAGGGAAUGGAAGCAGUGCGCCCAACAGCCCAAUGGCCAUGCUAAACAUAAGCUCAAAUUGUGAGAAAGAGGUUUGGUUGCCAGAAAUGAAAAUGAUGGACGAUGUCAUUGAUGACAUUAUUAGCUUGGAGUCAAGUUACAAUGAUGAUAUCCUUGGACUGAUGGACCCAGGAAUUCAAAUGGCUAAUACGUUACCUGUACCUGGUAACAUGUUAGAUGUCUACAGCAAUCCAGGAAUGGCAGCUCCUGCUGUUACCAUCAGCAACUCCUGUCCAGCAAAUCUGCCAAACAUCAAAAGGGAACUUACAGAAUCAAUGGUUGCAGGCAUGGAACUCCAUUUUAAAAGUCCCUCUAUGAAAAUGCAUAGUGCUCUAUUACCAGAAGCUGAAGCCAGAGCACUUGCGAAAGAAAGGCAGAAGAAGGACAAUCAUAACUUGAUUGAAAGGAGGAGGAGAUUCAAUAUUAAUGAUCGCAUAAAGGAACUGGGUACAUUAAUUCCAAAGUCUAAUGAUCCAGAUAUGCGCUGGAACAAAGGAACUAUUCUAAAGGCAUCUGUGGAUUACAUCAGAAGGCUUCAGAAAGAACAGCACAGAGCAAAAGACUUUGAAUCGCGGCAGAAGAAAUUGGAACAUGCCAAUCGACACUUACUACUGAGAAUACAGGAACUUGAAAUGCAAGCCCGUGCACAUGGACUUCCACUUGUCAACGCUUCUGCCCUCUGCUCCUCUGAUCUUGCUGGGCGGAGCAUUAAGCUAGAGCCAGUAAUCGAUGAGUGUCACAGAGAUGGCUUACAGCGCCAUGUAGAUCUUUCCUGCAGUACCACACUGGAUCCUGCAGAUGGAGCCAUCAACUUCAGUGAUAAUGUUGGACCUGGCACCUACAAUGCUCCCACAAAAAUGUCUACCAAACUGGAAGAUAUUCUGAUGGAUGAUACUCUCUCGCCAGGGGAAGGUACUGAUCCUCUUCUAUCAUCUGUGUCACCUGGUGCUUCAAAGACAAGCAGCCGGCGAAGCAGCAUGAGCAUGGAAGAUAGUGAAAAUGGGUGUUAGCAAGAAAACAGUUAGAAGUUCCAUCUGAACUUUUCCUUAAAGAUCUCUCUUUUUUACUUGCCUAAGAUAAAUGCUUGUGUUGUGAUGGUAAGCCUAUUUAUCAGUCGAUAAAGAGUUUAAGUCAACGAAAUGAAUCAAAGUAAAUGGAAAUAUUGAUGAGAGGUAAUGUAUCUGUAUGUAAAGAGACAGGACCACAGAGACCCAGACAAACAGCGAAGGCACUCAGGAAGUAGAAGAUGGGGUCAUCCUUUAAGGAGAUGAUUAGUUGAUUUUAUUCUAAUAAAAUGAAAUUUGUGUAGGAAAAAGAAAAUCAAUGUAUCUUUUAAUUCAGAUAUUUUCUCAGUUUCUUAACUUGUACUUAAAUAAUAUAUUUUAAUCCAUUUUUACAAUCAUUUUUUGAUUUUUGCAUGACCUAUACUUGAUUUGUUUUCAUGCUAGUCCUUUAAGAUUUUUAUUUUUUAUUUCAAAAUUUGCAAAAUCUGGUAUUCAGUAUUUCAAUACAUAAUAUUUCUUCAGUCUGUUUUUAAUGGAGGAUUUGGUGCAUUGGCCAUAGACACUUAAGGAAGUUGAGGCAAGAUUUUUAGUGAAAUGUCUGAAUAUUUUGUAUAUCUAAACACAAUCUUAUUUAGACAUGUGUUUUUAAAUUAACUUUGAAAUAAGAGCUUUACUUGUUUGAAAAACAUGAUUGUAGUUCAAUAUAUCUAAAGUGAUGCUUAAACUAGCUAACGGUGUGCUAUUUAUUUUAUUUUAUAAACAGCAAGAGUGUAAUUAUUAGAAGAAAAUGUGCAGUGUGGUUGAAAAUCUACCUUUUUGUCUUCUACUGAUACCUCCAUGAUAGUAGAUUUACACAUUGAGUCCUUCAGCACUGCAGCAUGCUACAAUGCAACAGCUUUCUGCUUAUCAGAUUAUUACUUGAUAAUGCAUAUGCUAUUAAUGAGGUUAUUCAGAUAAUCUUGCUGAUCGUUUGGUGAUAUCUGUCAAAAUGAUGACCAGUUCAGGGCAUUCUGUAACUAUGUUGAUCAUGGUGAGGGAGUUGGUGGAACUGGAAUGGGCUGGACUGUGAGACAAGCUGGGCAUUGGGAAAAUGGAAUUAAGCUGAGGCAUGCAAUUUAUUUCAUGAGUGGGCAAUAAUUUCUGAUUCACUGCUGAUCAGCUUGAUGUGGACGGCCUUACUCUUGCUUCGAAUAAAUUGUGUGUGUCCGACCAUAAAUUCCCUUAAUCUCAAUCACAAUUCUGGCAUUAUAUAAUUUGUAAGACAACGUAAUGUACAGAAAUGUUUGAUAAGACCGAUUAUUUACCAGCAUGUAUAGUGACAAAUGCCCCUCACCACUACUGUUGGAAUUAAUGAUGAUAGAGUGAUGAUUAACAUUGUCAGGGCAAAUCAAUCGACUGGUCUUCAAAAUGAUCGGAUUAACCAUGUUUUAUUACAACAGUGUUGUAAGAGUAGAAAUAUGAUGCUACAUCAUCUACUUUGUUGUAGAUCUAUGCAAUUUCACUAGAUGUAUUUGCAUUGAACUGUGCCUAGGUAAUUUGUUCUACACUCAUACUAGCUCAAGGUGUGAUGAAGAGAAGAAUUUUUCAAUAGUAAUUUAUGAAAUACUGAAUGUGGCAGCAGAAUAUAGUGAAUUCAGAAUGAAGUGCCUUAAAAUAGAUUACUAAGUCUUUUGAAUAUGCACUGACUGAUGGGUGUAAUCCGUGAGGGUUUGGCCUGUGUAUAAUAAGGAUGUGGACGUUGCUUGCUGCCUAUAUUCAGAACGUGAGCUUCCAGCUUCUUUACUGAUAGGAUUCAAAGAUUUACUGACCUUCUGCUACCUUUCUGUGUAAGUGAACCUCAAGAGACUGCUUCUAAGUUUAGUGUGAAGGGAAUUGACUACUCAGCUUAGUUCUGCCAAGAUCCUGGGACAGGAAAACGUAUGCAAUACAAUAAUGUUAUGUUAAAAGCAAUAAUUGUUAAACAUGUUCAAAGUAGCAAAUGGAAAAAAAAAUAGGUUAAAUAAUGAAAGAUAAGCACAACAGCCUUGCACUCAUGGGGAUGUGAUUUGAAUUAAAGAAUGCACUUGAUAGAUUGGAGACUUAUAUUAAUUGUUAAUAAAAUAUCAAACCUAUAUUUCUUGAAAAAGUAGCUUAAAAUACUGCCUCUUAAUGAGCUAGUUGGUACUGUAAUGUGAUAUUCACUUGCUGCCAGAUGCAGCAUACUUUGUGUAUGGUCCACUGGAAUGUAAAUUACAGACUAUGAUCACUUAUCUGUUUUGAACCUGAUCUCACUAUAAAUAGAAGAUACACAAUUAUUGGCUGUUGUUUGUCUUUUAUACCACAAGGGUACCUGACAACUUAACUAUUGAACAUUAUUGCAUGUUCAUUGUAGUAGCUAGCUUUAUAUAUGGUUAUUAAUUAUAUAGUACAUCUAAUAGUUUUGUAUCUUCUUUAUAUUUGGUUUAAUUUUAAUAGACUAAUUUAUGCUGCAAUUAUUGUGCCAUAAGAAUCCUGUGAAUUUUUAAACAAUAUACUAUGAAUUCCACACAGCUGUUACACUGGUAACAAACCAUAAAAAAUAGAGUUUUUGAUACUCGUUUACAAAGAGCCGGGUGAUAAACCACAGCAGCACCAUGUAUACAAUGCCAUUACUUAGCAUUUCUGGGUAUUUGUAUUCAGUGGCCCCUGGGAGUUAGCAUUUAGAUGAAAAUAUUACAUAAGUUGAAAUUAAUCUACACUUGCUCCAAAAAUAGUCUAAAGUCUAUACUUAUGUGUCAUUAAGUACAAUGCAUCUGUAAAGUAUGCAAACUCCUUUUAUUUCCAUAGCCUUUAAUACUUAAGGGUCAGGAAAACAACACACUUGAAAAAUACUUUACAUACACAGGAGUAAAUAUAUGGAUCCCUUUAAUAAAUGAUGACUCUGGUACAUCACCAAUGUAUUCCUCUCCAGGAUUAUUUUCACCCCUUGUGUUGUGGUUUCUAUCUGGAAUUAACUGCAAUAAUCCAGAAAAAAAUUAAUUAUUGUUUAAAUUGUACACAAUAAUUGUAAAAAAAAAUGAGUUGCCAUUUCAAAGAAAGAUAUGAAAGCUUCAGCACCUCUAUAUUGAUUCCAGGCUCAGAGACUAUACUCUGAAAUUCUUCUGUUACAUAAAUUAUAAACAACACAUUUGACAACAUUUAACAAACUGAAUCUGUAACUUCUGAUUGUUACAUUUGUAAAUAUAUUUGUAAGUACACUAAAUUACACUUGAUGAAAUAGUACCUGUUGUUAGUUUUUAAGUUUUGAAAUUUUUACUUUUGGCCAAAAAAUUUUACAUUCUUAUUGUAUAGAUUGGUUAUAACAUAGCUACCAACAUACUUAAAUAAAGGGCAUCA